AUGGUCAAUGUGAUAGCAGUUUUUCAAGACUUUUGGAAUACUUCGAUUUUUUACAUGUACAGAAAUUUUGGAGAUCUUACAAUUGAGAAAUACCUGUGGACCGAAAAGGAUAUAGUUAUUUUUACUGAUCGAAUGAGUAACCUUCAGGGCAUUCGGUUCCCAGUUCUUUUUGAACUUGAAUAUUCAGGAAUAAUCAUCACAGUAAACUCUAAAGGUGAACCGAUAUUUGGUGGUUUUAUAGGAAAUAUUUUCAGUUCCCUUGCGAAGAAGAUCAAUGCUAGAUUGGAUAAGUCGAAUUUUCUCGUAAACACAACAUUUACACGAAUUACUCAUGAGGGUGUUAUGAAUAGAACUAUUGAGAUGUCAGGAGGAUGUGUGGGGAUUUCGCCAGACAACAUUAAAUGGUACUCAUAUCCUAUUGCAAUGUCUGAUUGGAGUGUGAUGCUGCCUGUAGAGUCUAACAUUCCUAUUUACAAAGUAUUUGCAUUUGUUUUUAAUUGGGAUGCUUUUGCAAUAUCAAUUAUGGUCCUUGUUUUGCUGUCUUUAUCACUUGCAGCUGCCAAUAAGUUCUCAGGAUCCAGUUUUCGCUAUUUCUUCAACAUUGAUUGUUUUCGUGGAAUGCUUGGGCAGUCUUUCACUGAAACACCCCAACCCUCCUGCAGUACCAAAAUCAUCUAUUCGCAGAUAUUUUUACAUGGAAUCAUACUGGUUACAACAUACAAUGCAUUUCUGCAGUCCUUAAUGACCACACCACCUAAAGAAAAAAUUAUAAAAUCAUUCGAUGAUCUGCAAGCAAGUGGUUUAAAAAUAUACAUUCAUCUUGCCGAAAUGAAAUAUUUGUCCAAAGUAAGACCCGAUCUCAUCAAAAAGUAUUCAAAUCUAUUCCAAGUUGAAACUAAUUUCGUGGCUUUGAAAGAAAUGCGGAACAGUCUUAAUACUAAUUGUGCCUUUAUUGUUACUGGAAUGAAAGCACAAUCAAGUGGAUUGGCAGAUUUCUGGAUGAAAAAGUCUUUUUACGAAUUACUUGCUGCUGGAAAAUUGAAAAAGUUAAAAUUUGACUUGGACCCAGAAUUGGAACGACUUAAAGUUGAAGAUCUUAAAUUAAUUUGGAUAUCGAUGGGAUUUGCGUUGAUGAUGGGACUCUAUGUUUUUGCUAUGGCUGAAAAGCUAAAAUAG